AUGAAACCACCACUUCGCCAGGUGAGGAAUUCCCCCCGCACAGGACUGGUGAGACGGCAAAACAGCAAUAAUGUCAUUCUUCGAAGUACACUUGGAGAGGGAAUUAGUGGUUCUGCUGAAAUUCAAAGUUCAAAUAUUAGAGUUGCAGUUAGAGUCAGACCUUUUAAUGAACGAGAAAAAUCAACUAGUUCAAGGAAUUCUGUUAAAGUCGCAAAUGAUAAAUUAUUGGUGUUUGACCCCAAAGAAGAGGAUGAUAACUUUUUUUACCAUGGAGUUAAACAAAACAAUAGAGAUUUUACAAAAAAAGCGCAUAAAGAUGCACACUUUGCAUUUGAUGCUGUCUUUGCACCUGAAGCAACUAAUGAGGAAGUUUUUGAAGGAACUACAAAAGCAGUUGUUGAUGCUGUUCUAGAAGGGUUCAACUGUUCUGUAUUUGCUUAUGGUGCUACUGGUGCUGGAAAGACACAUACUAUGCUUGGAACACAACAAAAUCCUGGUAUAAUUUUUCUAACUGUCAUGGAUCUUUACCGCCGAAUGGAAGAGCUCCGUGGAGUUAAAAAAUUCGAGAUUUCUGUAUCUUACCUUGAGGUUUACAAUGAAAACGUGAGAGACUUAUUGGCUCAGUCAAAUUUUUUGACUAUUAGAGACAACGGUAACGAUGGUAUCACUGUGACAGGCCUGUCUUUGGUAAAACCAAAUGGCGCCGAAGAUUUGCUGUCCCUCCUAAAAUACGGCAAUAGUAACCGGACUCAGCAUCCCACAGACCACAACGCUGAGUCGUCGCGAUCCCAUGCUGUGUUCCAAGUAUGGAUCAAACAAAGUGAUCGUGCCGCUGGACUAAGUAACAAUUUCAAAGUGGCUAAAAUGUCACUCAUCGACUUAGCGGGGUCGGAAAGGGGUUGUGCUACGGGACAUACUGGCGAACGAUUUCGAGAGGGUAACAAUAUCAACCGAUCGCUCCUCGCGCUAGGGAAUUGUAUAAAUGCUUUGGCCGAGGGUCGCAGGCAUGUUCCAUAUCGUGAUUCUAAGCUGACGCGACUUUUGCAAGAUUCACUCGGCGGUAAUUGCAAAACUGUCAUGAUAGCGGCAGUAUCACCGUCAAGUGUAACUCUAGAAGACACGUACAACACUCUGAAAUACGCUGAUAGAGCUAAAAACAUCAAGUCUAAUGUGAAGAAAAACGAGAGAUCGGUUCAGCUUCAUGUGACGCAAUACGAAAAAAUGAUUUCUGAACUAAGGUCUGCCUUGGCGUCCGCAAAUGACAAAAUUCGAACAUUUGAAGAUUCCAAAGUACAGCAAGAACCCCCUGUUGUUCUCACUGCUGUCGAAAGUACUCCAUGCUCCAAGUGUUUAGAGAAAGAAAUACCAAAAGAGCCAGAUGAGGUCGUCACUCCGAUCGUUGAUCCGUUCGCGACCUUUCCUACUGUGGCAUUGCGCCAAGCGAGAGAAGCCUGGGGUGCUCUUUUUCACGACAGACGUGAAAUUCAACAUAAACUUGCAAACCUAGAUCAACUGGAGAAAGAUUUUCAGCACAAAAUCAUGUUGAAAAAUCAGAAGAAUGAUCGAGUGGAAUGUAUCGGCUUGUCUACUCUGAGACUAGAAAAGCUUCGCACUAAACUUGAACGUGAGAUAAAUUCACAAAAACCGAAACUUGAAAUCAUUAGUCAGAAGAAAAAUGAGCUCUCCAAGCGCUUGGCGUUGAGCUCCAGCAAGGAAAACGCACUGAGCAAUGAAUUCCAAAUGGUGAUGUACGAUCUUGGCAAUGACGAAUUAAAACAAAUCAUCCAUGAUGCAAUGCGUAUGAAGCAAUUGGAGGUUGCCCUCCAAGAAACCAAAGACCAGAACCAGUACUUAACGAAAACCUUGCAAGUUCAGUCUGAAGAAAACACUAAAUCCGAAACUUUACUUUUACAACUCAUGAAAACUGCGAAAUCACUUUAUCUGACACUUCGUGUGCAGGAUUCCGUUCCCACUUAUAUGGAGGCAGAUUUCAACAGCUUGGUGGCAAUGGUGGAAGGAGGGCGUGGAGUAUGCUGGGCGGACCAGAAAGAAGAAACACUGAGAGAUGAAAACAAUCCUACUUUCAACAAGGGUGUAACUUUGUCACCGCUGUCGGAAUCGAACCUUCAUUUAGAUGUCCCUCCCAGCUCUGUACUUUGCCAUGCGCAAAGCAUUCCGCCCAUUUCUGGACCAGUCGCAGUUGCAGUCCCAUCGAAUUUGGAUGAAACCGUUGUUAUUCAGUCGUGCGGUCUAGAUGUAACCUUCGACAUGAACUUACCUGCGGCUGAACCUGUGCCCUUUAACGCAAAGUCGUCAAUUUGUACAACGGACGAGCUGAGCUUGGCCAUGCCAUUGAUAGACCUACCUACCAAUGUCCCGUUUCAAUCUGCCGUGACACCGAAUGCAGCUCUUUCUAGCCCUACCAACAAAGAAAAUUUAGCCAUUCCCCAAACGGGGAUUAGCAGUAUCCCGGUCAGGACACCAUCCAAAGAUCCUAAAAAUGGAAUUUCGCUCACCCCGAACCUCCGAAGGGGUCACCUGUUCAGCAAGAGUUCGUCAGACCUCCCAAAAGCAUCGCAGAGAACCCAACUAGUUAGUAAGCCCGGCUACAUGCAACACACGACUGCUUCCAAAUUUCGAACCGGAACGGAUGCCGUCUUUGUCGAGCCUGCGCCCGUCGCGGCCGCUCCGUCUGGAUCGUCGAGUCGCUUCGUCAGCAGUAAUCCUUUCAAGAAAAUGAAAAAAUCUGUUUCGACGUUCACUCUUGCUCAUCGUCGCUGAUACUAAUAUGGUCGUAUUGUACAUAUUCGUUAAACUUCUUUGUAGAGUUUACAUUUCUUUCUCAGCAACAUUUGAUGUAGUAUACGCAUACAUGGUGAAGGGACCAGUGCAUUCAUUGAUCAGUGGGCUUCAUUGCUGCAUCGUCUCUAUCGCUUUACUUUACUAUUUUCUUAUAACAUCAUUAUUGCCGCCUUCUAAUUUUUUUUUUGUUUAGUUUUUUAUUUUUUUUUUAUUUUUUUCUCGUCAAAAACAACAACUGUAAAGCGUUGAGUGUAAAGCAGCUUUCUACGAUCUCCCAGUGUACAAAGAGCUCUUUCAAGAACAUCGAGUUUGGUUCGAAAAUUAAAUGUAUGUCCGUUGCAAUGAAAAGUACUACGCCAAUCUUGCGAACUGUCUAUUCUGGACUUUCCUAGAAAUUUUUUAAAGCGCUUCGUUCAAAAUGUCGCCGUCAUUUAUAUAUCUUCAACAUAUUAAUACACUGCUUCGAUAAUCUUU